CACCACCACAAACAAGGAAUCAAAGGAAAAGGAAACAGAAAAGCUCGAGAGAAAAAAAAGCUGUUCGCCGCGAUGGCGCUCUCCAUCCCCGAGAAACAACCUUCCUCUCUCUACGCCGACGCCUUCUCCGACGACUCCGCCAGCUUCUCCGACAUUGUUUUCGGCUUCUUCGAACAACCCGCCGCCGAGGACGACUCUCCCUCUCCCAAUACCUCUUCCGCCACCUCCACGGACUUCCCGGACGACGACGACGACGUGGCGGAAGACCUCAGCUAUUCGGAAGAGAGGAAGAAAUUCUGGGAAACCCAAAACGAGCUCCUACAGACGAUAUUGUACAGAACGACUUCCGUGGAAACCAAGAUUCGUCAGGACACCAAAGAUGCCCUGAUCGAGAUCGAGAAGCCCGGAUCGAACUGCACGUGCGGGAAAUCAGACGGCUGCCGGACCUGCCUCCGAAGGGAAGUCGCCGCCAGGCUACAGAGUCAGGGCCACAAUUGCACGAUUUGCAAGUCCAAGUGGAAGGGGAACUGCCUCGGCUUAUCUGGGGAGCAUUCUUACUUGGAAGUGGUGGAGAAUUCGACCAAGAGAGGGGAAGUGAGGGUGAUCGUCGAAUUGAAUUUCCGGUCGGAGUUCGAGAUGGCGAGGGCGUGCGACGAAUACAACCACCUAAUCGCCCGGCUGCCGGAGGUGUUUGUCGGCAGGGUAGACCGGCUGAAGAAUCUGAUCAAGACGCUCUGCUCCGCCGCCGAGGCUUGUUCCAAGGAGAAGAAGAUUCACCUGGCGCCGUGGAGGAAGUACGAGUACAUGAAGUCCAAGUGGUUCGGUGGGUCGUGCGAGAGAUUCGUCCCGACGGCGGCGGCGCUGCCUGCUGCGUACUAUCACCGGCCGGCGAAGCCCAGAGCGUCGAUGCUGACUUUUGACCUGUCGGAGAACAAGCCUUUCCCGGCGGCGAUGCAUAUGACAGCAGUUAAAGUCGUGUGAGAAAGGGUGGCCGGAGGGAUUGACAAGAGUAAUUUUGAGAGAAGAAGUCUCCGGUUGCUUAUUAGUUAUGAUGAUUGGAAGAGGGGUUUGGUAGGCAACAAAUUAAGAUGGAUGUGACUUUUUUUUGUAUAUAAGCUAGCUAAGGAGUUAGUAUUAUUUAUGUAUUUUGGGUAAUGACUUGAAGCUAUAUGUAUCAUAGCAUAUGCGGCGGAUUGGUUAUUGUUGUGAAAGAGGAGGAGCUAGACAAUGAAUGUGAGUGAGAUGUAAAUAUACCGAUUUGGAGUUCCAAUAGUUGUUUCUUCAUAAAUUGUAAAAGCCAGAUUGCUAAGGACUGUAUAGUUUUGUUUAGAGAAGUUUUUGCUUUGCAUUAUAGUGCAGGAAGAGAGGGUUUUUGAUGGUUGAUGUAAUGGUUCAAAGCUGUACACUUGAGAGAACCCUUAGUUACAAGUUGUUCGGGAGGUUAAUGCAAUUUUGAUUAACCAUAAAAAAAAAAUUAUUCUACAUGAUAUAGUGUGCAAUAUGUCAUUUAUCUUUGUUCGGUUCUAAACCCUGGAACCUAAACAAACAUAAAACGACUGGCAUAAAUCAUGGCAAUUGAUCAAAAUGAUUACAUAGGUUCAACGGGUAAUAAAAUGAUAGUAACAAAAUGCAAACCUAAAUAUAUGUAAUCACUUUAUCAAUUACUUGUGAGUUGUGACCCACAGAUGAGUUAAGAUGACUCAUUAAGGAGUUAGAAUAUAGUAACAAAAAGAGUUGUUACCUUUGAGUUUUGUUUAUGCUCACUCCACAUUAUCUAGGCAUCAUAAUAGAGUUGUACCAAGUUGCUACUCCUACAAAGGCUUUUAAUAUUUUAACUUAACCUUCUCAAGUAUUACAAAUGUAAAAUAUAUAUGAUGUCAUUUGGCAACUUUGCUAAUCCUACCAAGGCUUCUAAAAUUUUAACUUAAUCUUCUCAAGUAUACAAAUGUAAAAUAUAUAUGAUGUUAUUUGGCAAUAUAACAAAAUGAGUUGAUACUUAAUAGGGUUGUAAGGAUCAUGAUACAACAGGUAAAUCAAUUGUCCCCCAGUUAGGGCUGACGGGUGAUUCAUGCAAACAAUUACAAUUUUUCAAUGUUUCAAAAGUUAGUGCUAACACGUAUAACAACUACUUAACUCGGUCCAUGCGAUUACAAAUAUUAACACAGGGGUCUCAGAGACCCGUUAGUGAUGAUAAAGUCAGGAGUGGUGUUUUAGAGAAUCAAAUCAUCUUAAAUGA